GUUGCUGUUGCCGCGGUGAGCGUCAGUCCGCUGCCUGCCCUCUCGUCGCUUUCGUUUCGUUCGGCAAGCCCGCACACCAGGAGAUCGUCGUGACGUGAUGGCAGACGAGGAGGCCCAGGCUUUGGUCAUCGACAAUGGCUCGGGCAUGUGCAAGGCCGGGUUCGCCGGCGACGACGCGCCGCGGGCAGUUUUUCCUUCCAUCGUCGGAAGUAAGCGGCUCGCUCCCUCAGCGGACACACACAGAUUCAGCUUACAGAAGAGGCAGCAUAGCGCGGCAUAGGCGGCAUAGCGACGGCACGUGUGCUGUACGUGCCACCGGAUUGGUGUACUUACUGCGUGGUGUUUGUGUGCGUAUGAUGUCCGUCCGUCCGUCAGGGCCGAAGAUGCCUGGCAUCAUGGUGGGUAUGGAUCAGAAGGACAGCUACGUGGGAGACGAGGCGCAGUCCAAGCGGGGCGUCCUCACACUCAAAUACCCCAUAGAACACGGCAUAGUCACCAACUGGUGAGUGAGCCGCACACACCACACACAGUGAAAGAGACAGGCGCACGGACAGACGGACGGCUGCAGAGAGGCAAAGAGGGAGGCAGGCAGGUAGGCAGGCAGGGAGGGAGGGAGGGAGGGAGGACACUUGUGUGUCUGUGUGUGUGUGUGGAGAUGACGCCCCUCUUGCUCUCUCUCUCCCUCUGUGUGUGUGUGUGUGUGUCGACAGGGACGAUAUGGAGAAGAUAUGGCACCACACGUUUUACAACGAGUUGCGUGUGGCGCCCGAGGACCACCCCGUGCUGCUGACCGAGGCGCCGCUGAACCCCAAGGCCAACCGCGAGAAGAUGACCCAGAUCAUGUUUGAGACCUUCAACGUCCCCGCCAUGUACGUGGCCAUCCAGGCCGUCCUGUCGCUGUACGCGUCGGGCCGCACCACGGGCAUCGUCAUGGACAGCGGCGACGGCGUCUCCCACACCGUGCCCAUCUACGAGGGCUACGCACUCCCCCACGCCAUCCUGCGGCUGGACCUGGCGGGCCGCGACCUCACCGACUACAUGAUGAAGAUACUCACCGAGCGCGGAUACACAUUCACCACCACCGCAGAGCGAGAAAUCGUACGAGACAUCAAGGAGAAACUCUGCUAUGUCGCACUCGACUUCGACGAAGGUACGUAACAGGCAGACAACCCACAGCACACACCGAGGCAAAAGACCACCAGGAGACCACCUUUGUGUUUGUGUUUGUGUGUGUGUGGUUGGUUGUGUGGUGUGUGUGGUGUGCAGCGAUGAAGAACGCGUCUGAGAGCAGCGAUUUGGAGAAGACGUACGAGCUGCCGGACGGCAACAUCAUCACGGUGGGCAACGAGCGGUUCCGGUGCCCGGAGGUGCUGUUCCAGCCGUCUUUCAUCGGCAAGGAGGCCUCGGGCAUCCACGACACCACAUUCCAGUCCAUCAUGAAGUGCGACGUCGACAUACGAAAGGACCUCUACGCCAACGUCGUCCUCUCCGGCGGCACCACCAUGUUCAACGGCAUCGGAGAACGGUCAGUACCUUUAACGCACUCACACACAGAGAGGGAUGGAGGGAGGGAGGGAGAGACGAUGCCAUGUGUGUGUGUGUGUCAAAAUGUGUGUUCAGGAUGACGAAGGAGUUGACUGCGUUGGCGCCAUCUACGAUGAAGAUCAAGGUGGUGGCGCCCCCGGAGCGCAAGUACAGCGUGUGGAUCGGCGGCUCCAUCCUGUCAUCGCUCUCCACAUUCCAGCAAAUGUGGAUCUCCAAGCAGGAGUACGACGAGUCCGGACCAACCGUCGUACACCGCAAGUGCUUCUAGCCAGCCACUGUGGUCAUACAUACACACAUCUCCCACAAUUCGCCGGUGAGCCAGCACAGCACAAGGAAGGCCCCUUGACGUGCCUGGACGAUCUCAUGAUGUUGAUGUGUGGCUGGUGUUGUGUGUUGUGUGUCGGUCGGUCAGGUGUUCGUGCGUCCGCCGAUCGAGUGUUUUGCCUGCCUGCCUGCUUGCGUGUGUGAGAGAGAGCCCAAUUCGUGUGAUGGGUCCAUCCAUCCAUCCACGACUGAAAGCGUGUGCACACGUCCCCUUUCCUGUCUUCCAUGCCAUGCAUGCCACACCUGUGUGUGCAGUUAAUUUGACCCUUCCGUGCGUAACCUUGUUACGUUUCAGCGACUGACUGACUGACUGGAUGGAUGGCUGACUGGCUGGCUGUAUGUCCACUUUUGAGGCCCACUACCUAUGUGACUGACUGACGAGCAGAGAGCCCACACACACAGGAGGGAGAGAGACCCGUAGACAGCUGGAUGGAUGGAUGGAGGGCCGGACGGACAGAUCCUGAGUAGCAUUGAUCACUGCAAAUCGGGGGUGGGGUGGGUGACAAAAGGAGAGGAUCUAUCUAUCUAUCUGUAGCGAGCAUGAAGGCAGGCUGUAGGGUAACCCUCAGCUGACACAUCAGCCCUCAGAUGCUCUCACUGACUGCCUGUCUGCCUGCCUGCCUGCCUGGCUGCCUUCGUCCAUCGCACAAACAGAGGUGUGUGUGUCGAAUGCAUCUGCCUUCCCGCCUACCUGUGUGGCUGCCUGGCCUCCCUCCCUCCCUCCUUGCGUCCUUUUCUCUCCCCGAUGCCUUGCCUUGCCUUCCCUUGCCUGCCUGGCUUGCCCUGCGGUCGACACACGGACCGUUUUUGAUAUGCACGGACGUGACAGACACCGAUCGCGCUUUCCACUCACACUCCCUCACUCCCUUCAUCCCUCCCUCCCUUGUGGGCCCACUGCCUGCCUGACUGCGGCCUGGCGCCUUUGCCUUUCUUUUCCCGGCCGCAAUACUUCCUUCCUCGCCCACCCACUGGUUUGUUUAAGCCCAACACCGAGUGACCAAGUGCGUGACUGUGAGGCGAUUUUGAGCUGAUCGACUGACUGAUGGAUGGAUGAGACAGGGACGGCCGGCCGGCCGGCCAUAGCCACACACACGGUAGAGAUAGACAGAGGGAGUGUGCACAUGGCUCAGCUCAGCCACCCCACCCAGCUAAUCUGCCCGACCCGCACCGCACCAACACUGCUGUCGGAUGCGUAAUGCAUCAUGCAAUGAUGCAGGCAGGCAGGGUGGGGUCGGGUAGGGUCGGGUGGGGGUCGGGUGUUUGCCAGGCGGUCACUCAGUUUGAAUCCCACAUACACUCACUCUCACCUGCUGGCUGGCUGGCUUCCUGGGCCCGCCUAUUGAUGGCAUGCACCCACUACUUGCUACUUCGGCUGUUGCGUGUGUGCAUGUGUGUUUUCAAGGCCACUUGUGCUCGCGAUGUGCGUGACUGACUGCAUCAGUGUGGGUGGGUGGGUGGGCACGAAUGCGAUGAGUGAGUGAGUGGCCGUCCGUUUGCGUGAUCGAAUGGCUGCAUGCUAAGGCUCCACCUGGCCGGUGACACUGCAUGGCAUGCAUGUGUGGGUGUGAGAGAUUUAUGAUGGGUGUGUUGUCAAUUGAUUGAUCUAUUCAUGGCAAUAUCCGUCCGCAAAGCUUAAACGACACACUUGACGAUGCAGAGACAGUCAGACAGACAGACAGACAGACAUAAUUGACCGCACACGAACAGGC